AUGAGUAGUGAUGGUCAUGGACCUCAUAGUCGUGGAGGUUUUUCUCCCUUAUUAAGGGUUGCAACUUGACCUAUCUAAAUCUUGGCGCAUAUCUACGACCUUUUCAUCCAGGUGGAAACGUUUUCAAGGGGCGGAAACGUAAUCAAGGGGCAUAGAUAUGCGAAGAAGUAGAAGAUUGUUGGCCAAGGAGAAAGAACCCCUAAGCUUAGGGGGAAGUAACAAAACAGCUCUCUUGCCAUUGAAGAUGGUGGAUAUGAUGUCCUUCGCGGACCGAAAUAUGCUGUUGCGAAGCGGUAGUGGAGGAGACGCUAAGCAAACUGGUGAUCACUCAAGUCGAGGUGGAAGCUCGAUCUACGUUAAGGCUAGUAGCUCUAGCUGUUAAAAAAGCUGCAUGCGCCUAUCAAAACUUUCUAGUUUCAACAACUACUGGAGGUCCAUCUUUUCCUACUUGUUGAAAAACAUUCCCAGGAUGUUUCCAGGGAAGAGUCAGCUUACGCGAGCAGCCAAGGAUACUCCGAGAGUAAGUAGAUACAAACACGGCACUACCUCUAACUACGACUUCCUCAGCAGUGUGAAAAAUGGAGGCUCUUUUUCAGACGGCGACGCAGAUCCACGUGCAAAAGUCAAUUUUUUCUUGCCCAG